ACAAUGGGAUGUUGCUGUGAUGAUGCUGACGAACCGCUUCUCCAACCACUAAUAAAUCCUUCCCAUAUCCACAACUCCGAUCAAACCCCACCUUCUUCCACCACCGCCGUGUUAUCUCCGAUGAAUUCACACUUUUCAGCUUUAAUAUGCCACGACACACUACGCGCUAUCAUGGAGAAACUCGCGCUCCCUGACUUGGCGCGUGCAGCGUGUGUGUGUAGGAUCUGGAACUACGUGGCAUCCGAUCGUGAACUGCAGACAAAGGCGUUUAAGGAUCCUUGGAAGAUUAAGGAUGUUAUUGGUGAUCCUUCUUCUGGAAGCUUCUGGAGAGAUAAUAGCCUUUCCAAAUUCGCGAUAUCUCAUCGAAUUGUUCGUGGUGAUAGUGUUGCUAGCCUCGCCGUCAAGUAUUCCGUUCAUGUGAUGGGUAUAAAACGACUGAACAAUAUGAUGAGUGACCAUGGUAUAUACUCGAGGGACAGGUUACUCAUUCCUAUUAGCAAUCCAGACUGCCUCAUCAAUGGCACUUGCUAUAUAGAGCUGGACAUAUAUGCAAAAAGGGAAGUGGCAGUUUUGUAUCUUGAAGGUGGCCCUGAUCCAAAGCUCACUACAAUGUUAAAUAGAUUGACCUCAGAGAGAAGCAAAAAAAGGGUGAUCGACUCCCUAAGGAGAAGCAUGCAAGUUGAUGGUGAAACUGCCCAAUAUUACUUUGCUGUAUCAGAUGGUGACCCCCGAUCUGCUUUCUCACAAUUCUCAGAGGAUAUGCGGUGGGAGAGGGAGGCAGGUUUGACUUAGCUUGUACUUGUCAAAAGGGUUGUUUCUGGUAAAGGAUGGAGAUCACAAUGAGCUGUUUCCACAUCGCCCAUCUGGUUGCUUGCCUAUAGUGGUAGGUCUGCUUCAAUAAUGAUCCUUCAUUGAAGUGAUCGGAGGAAAUGAAUGGCGUCUAUUAGAAUUGCUGGUGCUGUCAGCAAAGCAAGUAAAAGUAGUUUAUUCAGAUUGCUCUCCAUAUAGUCGGAUACGUUGUGUGGUUUGGUGCUUGUAGAACUGUUGAAUUCCAUCAAAUUCAUGUAAAAAUUACAUUUAAAUGAAAUGUAAACCCAUUAUUAUUACCUUCA